CCAUUUAGGAGUCGAACUUCCCAAACCUAAAAUGGCUUCCUUAGAGAGAGUUAGGCACUUGGGUGUUGGAAUUAAAAUGGUCGCGACCACUGUUUUCCGAUGUAGUUUUCAUUCUAGUUGUGUUCACCGCAAGACCAAGCUAAACAACCUCAAAGGUAAAUCGACUAGCUCCCAGGAAUGGUUAAAACGGCAGCUUAAUGAUCCAUACGUCAAAAGGGCAAAAACAGAGAAUUAUCGAUGUCGUAGCGCUUUCAAGUUAAUAGAAAUAGAUGACAAAUAUCAUCUGCUGCAGCCAGGAUUAGCAGUUAUCGACUGUGGAGCAUCACCUGGGUCAUGGACACAAGUUGCUGUUGAGAGGGUUUGUUACGACGCUUCAAAAAAUGGGUACAAGGGUGAGGGCCUUGUAAUUGGCAUUGACUUGCAACACAUGCUGCCUAUUGAAGGGGCUUACGUUCUCCAUCAAAGUGAUUUUACUUCCAAGGAAACUCAACAAACAAUUCUGACCAUUCUGAAUGGAAGACAGGCAGAUGUCGUGAUGAGUGACAUGGCACCAAGUGCCUCAGGACAGAAGUCUUUGGAUCAUGACAUAAUUGUGGACUUGUGUUACUCUGUGCUGCUAUUUAGUAGACGUGUACUUAAACCUGGAGGACAUGUGUUAUGUAAGCUGUGGCAAGGAAGUGAAUUGCGUAAACUUGAACUAACCAUGGGAAAGUUAUUUGAAAAUGUCAAAGUUGUCAAGCCCAGUGCUAGUCGACAAGAUUCUUCAGAGAUAUUCCUUCUAGGAAGAAAUUUUGUAGGGAAGGCAGAGAGAUAAAUUGUUGGAUAGAAUUUUAUUGUUUUGAACUUCAGAGAACCUGUGGGAUUACCUUUUGAAAAAAGGGGAGAAAUAAUAGGUUUUUUAAUAUUAAAGAUAUAACUUUUGUGAAGAUGGUGGACAUAUUUUGUUUUAAUGACUGAGUGCUGACCCUUAUUGACAAGUAUUUUUAUUUAAAAAUUGAAAGUAAAAGAAUGGAAAUCUGAUAGCUGAAUGGUCUUAUAAUCUCUUUCCAUGGGACAGCAUGAACCAUUUAAAAAAUUUAUGUACUUUUGUAGAACUAUUGUCUAUAAAGCUGACAAUACUUUA